AUGUUUUCAUUACGCGCCACACGUCUCACCCCAUCACGACGUGCACCAAGCCUCAUCCGACACUUCUCAUCCAGCACCCCCCUAAAUGCAGAUUUCACACACGCUAUUAUAGGCGGCGGCGUAGUUGGUCUAGCAAUAGCCAGAAAACUGCAACAACGACCCAAUGUCUCCACCCUCCUCAUUGAAAAGCACGGCUCCGUAGGCACAGAAACCAGUUCGCGCAACAGCGAAGUCAUCCACGCUGGGCUCUACUACGGUCCCACGUCUCUAAAAACAAAGCUGUGUUUGCGCGGGAAAGAAAUGCUCUACGACCUCUGCAAAACACACAGCAUCCCAUAUCGCAACACCGGAAAAUGGAUCGUCGCACAAGACGCUGAACAAAUGUCUGCGUUGCAAAAAGUCCACGACUUCGCCAAAAGCAUUGGCGUCCCCAUCUACUUCCUCACCAAAGAAGAAGCAAAGCGCCGCGAACCAGAUGUCCGCGCCGAAGCUGGCGUGCUCGAGAGCCCAACAACCGGCAUCGUAGAUUCGCACAGCCUGAUGCAAUACCUACAAGGCGACUUUGAAGACAGCGGUGGUAUAUGCGCCUUCAAGUCACCCGUAGUGUCCAUCACACCACUAGAUUCUGGCAAAGGUGGCUGGCAGAUCACGACAAAAGACCCUACCACGGCAGAAGAAACCACAAUAACAUGCGAAACACUGAUAAAUUCCGCCGGCCUCUUCGCAGUCCCCAUCUCAAACAUGAUCCUCCCUGAGCAUCGCCAACGGAAACCGUACUACGCAAAGGGAAGUUACUUCUCCUACAGCGUCUCGCGUCCCAGACCAAAAACUCUCGUUUACCCGGCUCCUGUACCCGGUCAUGGCGGUUUGGGAACCCAUCUCACGCUGGAUAUGGGUGGCAGAAUACGGUUCGGGCCGGAUGUGGAGUGGACCGAUAGUCCGACGGAUUAUAUACCGAACACGAAGAGCAUCAAACAGGCCAUUGAUGACAUUCAAACCUACCUGCCGGGCGUAAAUAGAGAUGCUAUCCAGCCGGAUUACGUGGGAAUACGACCAAAGCUCGGCAAGUUGGCGGCGACCAGUGGGAAGGAUUUUCAGGACUUCUAUAUAAACAAAGAGGAAGGAUACGAAGGGUUUGUCAAUUUGUUGGCAAUUGAAAGUCCUGGGUUGACGAGUUCGCUGGCCAUUGCAGAGGAGGUCGAAGAGCUGCUGUAUCGGUAAGACCAAGAUGACAGCAGUGGCAAUAAUACCAAUCAAUUCUCGCCUCUCGAAAGAGAGUAAUUUCUAGACAUUAAGCAAAGGGGUGAUCUGGGUACUCCACCACAUAGCUCCCACAAAUAUAUACCGCGAGGUACUUUUUGAGAGCGUAAACCAGUCAUCAUCUAGAGUCACAUCAUGCACCCAAACCCCGCAUUUUCCAUCCGCCCGACCGGUCAUGUAGUGCUAAGUAUAUGUACAAACAAGGAAAGGUGCGGUUACACUCGAGGGUGCUCACUAAAACGCCGAUAAAAAUCCAAUGCGCAUUUGUUGCUGUUAAUGAUAGCGUAUGCUGUGUACCAUCGGUGCGAUCCUUUUGGAAUUGGAGACAAAAAUGAGAUUAAAGCGCUAAAUGACAGAACAACGAUUGCACCUAUUUGCUAGGCUUCUGCUUGCUAAGACGCUUUCGCUUCUUCGAGUCUGAUGAAUCGCUGCGCUCGUGUUGUGGUGCAGCAGUUUGGCCGAGUGGCGCGGGUGAUGCUUCGCGCAUAAGGCUGCUUUGUUGAGGAGCCUGGAGUUCAAUGUUUUCACCCGGUGCUGUGCGGAUAUAGCUCUGACGAGCAAGAGGGCUACGACCCUGGCGCAUGUCUGAACUGUUUGUCCUGUUGUACGACGGCUUUGGCGACUCAAGUCCGCUAGUCUUAGGCUCAGCGGAGAGAGGCGAUGUGCGAGACGGUUGAUGAACACCGUAGGGGUUAUCGUUGUUCAUACGCAUUUGUGCAGGUCCUUUCGAGCCCUUCACCUGGUAUACUGAGUCAUCGUCGAUAGAAUCAAUAGACUCGCUGUAGUUGCCCUUGCUAGCGCCAACGCCGACAUCGUAUUGUCCCUGUCGUGCCUCUUCGAAGAAGGCUCCACCAGCAGGCUUUUGCGUUUGCUGAGUCUUGUGGUAGAUGCGGGCGUCCUCGGGGUCCAUUGAAGCUCUCGACACGGCGGGGCAUGUAGAUGGAGUUGUUGGCAGAGGUGUCGUGAGAUGCGAAAGAGUCCAUGGAAGUACGCGGGUGCAGGGGAACGUUGGGGACGUUGGGGUUGCGGGGCAGAGUGUUGGGAAGAGUGAGACCAGAGUCGUUGGCUUGCUGGUACCAUCCGUUCGGCAGACGUUCUGCAGCGGCGAAGCGGCCUUCGAUGUUGUCUGAUGGCUGGAGGGGAAUGGCUCCUGGACGGUGCUUGUGCGCUUCGGCAGAAGCCUUGAAGGUCUC